AUGGCUGCUUCCAUAUCAGCAUUAUUAAAACCUUGGACACCAAGUGUGUUCCUGGUAAGAUGGAGCAGAUACAACCCUUAUUACCUGGAGCCUGAGGUCAGGAAGGAGGCAUACAGCCAACCAGAGUCCGAGUUGAGUGCUGAGGAGAAGGAGGAGCGUGAGCUCAAAGCCCUCCGGCCCAUCAAAGCUGCCACCAGCGGAGUCAGCAGCUCUGUUUUUUAUGACCCGGUUGUCAGUAAAUUUGUCAACAUGAUAAUGAAGGAUGGAAACAAAGUUUUGGCCAGAGAGAUCGUGACACUGACCCUGGAGAACAUAAAGAAGAAACAGGUGGAGAAAUACCACAAAGCUUCAGAGGGGAAGAAAGAAGAGAUCGAGUGUAAUCCCUACACCAUCUUUCACCAGGCUCUGGAGAACUGUAAACCAGUUGUUGGGCUAGCUAGUAUCCAAAAAGGUGGAAAAUAUUACCAGGUUCCCAUCCCACUGACAGACAACAGACGCCGCUACCUUGCUAUGAAGUGGAUGAUCACAGAAUGUAGGGACAAUAAGCAUCGACGCACGCACAUGUAUGAAAAACUCUCCCAGGAACUGUUGGCCGCCUUUGAAAAAGAGGGCAAUGUUAUCAAGAAGAAGCAUGAAAUGCACAAGAUGGCCGAAGCUAACAGAGCCUAUGCACACUACCGCUGGUGGUAA